GCUGUAUUCAGUUCCUCGCCAUGUCGUCUCACAAGACUUUCCGAAUCAAGCGAUUUUUGGCCAAGAAACAAAAGCAAAAUCGUCCCAUUCCCCAGUGGAUUCGAAUGAAAACUGGUAAUAAAAUCAGGUACAAUUCCAAGAGGAGACAUUGGAGGAGAACCAAGCUGGGUCUAUAAGGAAUUACAUGAAAUGGCACACAUUUAUGCUGUAUCAAGACUGUGGUUGAUCAUCUUGUCAUGUCUGCAUUAUCAGGACAGUUGGGAAGAAUUAACUGGGAAUAUGAGCUUUGUUACAAAGGUGCUGUAGUACUGGUUUUGUUUGGUUUGGUAAUAAAUAUGUGAAACAU